CCCGCCGCACCCGCCAGGCGGCGCGGGCGCGCGGCAAUGGCCGCGCAGAACGCUGGGAUCAUCAUCGAUUGUCGACAGGCGAUGUCCCCCGAUCCCCCGGCCGUGGAGUUGGAGGUCAUCGGCUCAUCUUCUCCGUCCAUCACGCCAUGUCCCGCUGCAGCGGCGCCCGCCGACGCCGAUUUCGAUCAUGACGGAUGCACCGCGGAAUUAUCUUCUUCAACUGAUCGAGAAUUACAGGACCAUAUCAGACAGUGGGAAGGGUCCUAUGGGCAGGGUGUACUCCGUAGGAUGCCGGAUGGUGGCGAGAAGAUGCAUUCACGUGUCCUCCGGAUGAAGAAGGAGCUCGAGCGGCGGAGGGCCAGACAGAGGAUGGAUGUCACGCCCUUGAGACAGACAGUGCAAGCUAAGCGUACUGGUGGCAGCAGUGGAGAAAUCUACAACUUAAAGUCUGAUGAUGAGACCAUGGACAGUACGGCUAGCAAACACUAUCCAAACUCAAGUUGUACUACAUCUACAAAGACCUAUACCCAGGUUAAGGGAGCUGCAUAUGAAGAACAAAGUUCUUUAAGCCAUGGCAAAUAUGCUUACCCAAAGAAUGGUGGUCAAAUUUCAAAAGAGUCGUUGAGGCAUCAAUCAAAAACGUGGAACCUUGCCAAAAAUAAGGCCUCACCCUUGGAGAUUAAAAAGGAUGUAGUUCUGUUGGAUGACGAUGAUGAUAUAGAGCCUGCUAGAUCAGCUGAUGUUCAGAUAUCUAAUAAGUGGGAGGAGUCAAAUAUCCACUAUCCUUCAAGCACUGAUCCAGAAGCGGUUGAACUGACCUACUCUGACAUGAAAUGUCUUGAACCAGAAGAAUAUUUAAAAUCACCUGUUAUAAAUUUUUACCUUCAGUACCUCAAGAAGGCAAGACCUCGCAGGGAUUUACACAUGUUUAACACCUAUUUUUAUAGCAAACUCGAAGAAGCACUAUCCAUGCCGGGUCACCAUGACUCAGAAUUCAGCAAGUUACGGAGAUGGUGGAGAGGUGUAGAUAUUUUUAAGAAAGCGUACAUAAUUUUGCCGAUUAAUGAAUCGAUGCACUGGAGCUUGAUCAUUGUUUGCAUGCCUACAAAAGAGGCAGAUUCUGGGCCAAUAAUACUUCACUUGGACUCUCUUGGUCUUCACUCCAGUCAAAAGCUUUUUGACAUAGUUGCGAGGUAUAUUCAAGCAGAACGGUGGCACCUAGGGAUGGAUUCGUCUUAUGAUAUUCCAUUUUCAGGGAGGAUAUGGAGGCGUCUUUCGAAAAAUAUCAAUAGGGAAAAGAUUGAGGUGCCACGUCAGCGUAACGAGUAUGAUUGUGGCCUCUUUAUGCUUUACUAUAUUGACAGGUUUAUUCAAGAUGCGCCAGAGAGGUUGACAAAAGAGGGCCUUGGCAUGUUUGGACGCAGAUGGUUCAACCAUGAAGAGGCUUCAGCGUUUCGGGGAGGGAUACGGGCGCUACUGAUUGAUCUAUUUCAUAGUGCUCUAGACGACGAUGGACCAUCGGAGGCAGAGCUUGAAGACAAGGACAUUCAGAUGGACUGAGCCUGCUGUUGCUGCUUUGAUUGAAUAUGUAACCUCGUUCACUCCCAAGUGAAGUUUGGCCGUGGAGGGAAUGCGCCCCGUUGGCUACACACUUUUGUUUACACGCUCGUUCAUUCGGCGGUGGAAAUGUACAGUUCAACGUUAUCUAAGGGCCUGUUUGGAACC